AUGAACCAAAUCGCCUGUUCAAGCUCAGCCGGUCUCACCGCCAUUAAGUCCCUUAACUAUCUCCGUCCACUUUACGCAGCUCUGCCUCUAAUAUUGGCCGGCACCACCGCCUCUAGGUCUAUUACCACCGGCGUCCGCCAGUUCAGCACUCCAGUGCGUACAUUCAACAAGCUUCAAUCUUCCGCAGCUCGUCAGACGCCACUCACCUCCGGCGCCAUCGCCAUCGUCCGUCACUUCAGUAGCUCACAGCCACCCGAUCAUCCUUUAGACAGCUACCAAAAUAAGUCGCCGACGAACAGUGGAAUCCGGAUUCCAAAGGAAUCUACAAAGAUCACAUGGGUGAUAAAGAAUUUCUCCUCGUCGCAAUCUGAGAGUAUUUAUUCUGAUACAUUCGUCGUCGGUGGCUGCAAGUGGUUUCUUGAAGCCUAUCCCAAGGGCUACAACUAUGACAAUCACUUGUCUCUGUUUCUGGAAGUCCACGAUUCUGAAUCAUUGCCACAUGGAUGGAGGAGACACGCACAAUGUCUCCUAACAAUACUAAAUCAAAAUCCGGAUAAAAAUAUACAACUGGAUGAUGUAAAAGUUUGGUUUGAUGACAAGGUUUACUACAGGGGUCAUAUAUCCAUCCUCCCCUUUGACAAACUUGUGGCCGAAGAAAACGGAUUUCUGGUUAACGGGGAGCUCAAGAUUGUUGCCAAGAUAGAUUUUCUUGAAGCUAUUGGCGAAUUAGAUGUAACUGAAGAAACUACAACGUCAACAGUGACGGAAACCAAGAAUGUUAAAGGGUUUCAACUUCUUUCUUCUCAGGCAGAAACUGUGAGCAGAGUGUUUGAAAGACACCCAGAGAUUGCAUCUGAACUCCGUGCAACGAAUCCAACACUUAGGACAGGUUACUUGAGUUUUCUGCUCAGUCUUAUUGAGACUAUGUGCCAGUCGCCUCAGGAGCUCUCUAAAGAUGAUAUGACGAGUGCCCAUGCUGCUCUUAAGUACAUGACAGAUGCAGGAUUUAAGUUGGAUUGGUUGCAGAAAAAACUUGAUGAGUUGUGUGAAAUCAAGGAGAAAGAGAAGGUUUGUGAGACUCAGCUGCAAGAAAUGGAGAAAGAGUUGAAGAGCUUGAAGAUGAAGUGUUCAGACAUGGAAGCUCUGGUACAGAAGGAGAAAGCAAAGAUGUCGGCUACAAAACAUCCUUUCUCAUUCGAUUAUCUUGUUUAG